AUGGAGCCACCUCAUAUCAUGUUGGGAGGUGAAGAGGAAUGUCACAGCAAUGAAUCUGGAUGGACCAUGUACAUUGGGUCCCCCAGAGAUGAGGAUGUACAAUGUGAUGAUAAUGAAGAGAAAGGUUAUAGCCUGGAUUAUGAUUAUGAAGGCGCACAAGCUGACCCAGAUGUCGAAAGUGACGAUUCUAUGGCUUCUGAUGCUUCUUCUGGCCCUAGUCAAUAUGGAGUGAUCAAUCCAUCGGCUGGUGGUGGCUAUGAUGGCUUCACACAUUUUCAACAGAAGGAGGAAGUGAAGGACAAGUUUCGCUCAGAUCACAAGAGAACAACAGCAAGUAAAUCAAAGGAAAAUCAAGUAGUGGAAAAAAGGGUGAAAGAGAAUGAGAUGGUUUUCUUCUGUACCAAAGGUAAGGCUCCUGCAGUUCAGAAUCAUAGCAAAGUCAAGGUGAAUAAUACUCGUCGACUCUGA